GCGGCCGCGGGCUGCCCGGCCUCCCGGGCACCGUCUCCGCCUCCCGGCCGGCCGCACAGGGACGGAGGGCCGUGCGCCUGCGCGGAGCCGGAGUCCGGCUGGGCCGCAGCGGCGGGUGGCCGGCGGUUGCCGUGGGGACCGGCUCGGUCCCUCCCUCCUCCGCCCCCCCCCCACGCCUUCCCCACGGAGACGCGGCUCGCGGGCCCCGGGCCGAGCUGUAGCCGGUGCCGGGCGAGAGGCGGCCGCUCCGAAGAUGUCGCAGACGGCCAUGUCCGAAACCUACGAUUUUUUGUUUAAGUUCUUGGUUAUUGGAAAUGCAGGAACUGGCAAAUCUUGCUUACUUCAUCAGUUUAUUGAAAAAAAAUUCAAAGAUGACUCAAAUCAUACAAUAGGAGUGGAAUUUGGUUCAAAGAUAAUAAAUGUUGGUGGUAAAUAUGUAAAGUUACAAAUAUGGGAUACAGCAGGACAAGAACGAUUCAGGUCCGUGACAAGAAGUUACUACAGAGGCGCAGCCGGGGCGCUCCUUGUCUACGACAUCACCAGCCGAGAAACCUACAAUGCGCUUACUAAUUGGUUAACAGAUGCCAGAAUGCUAGCGAGUCAGAACAUUGUGAUCAUCCUCUGUGGAAACAAGAAGGACCUGGAUGCAGAUCGCGAAGUUACCUUCUUAGAAGCCUCCAGAUUUGCUCAAGAAAAUGAGCUGAUGUUUUUGGAGACAAGUGCGCUAACAGGGGAGAAUGUGGAAGAGGCUUUUGUACAGUGUGCAAGAAAAAUACUUAACAAAAUUGAAUCAGGUGAGCUGGACCCAGAAAGAAUGGGCUCAGGUAUUCAGUACGGAGACGCUGCCUUGCGACAGCUGAGGUCACCGCGGCGAGCACAGGCCCCGAACGCUCAGGAGUGUGGUUGUUAGAAGCCGCAGGAGAGCGCUCAGGUGUUCAUCAGUGGUAUUUGAGACACAGUUGUUGGAGCUUGAAGAAUCUGAAGUUUUUUACCACCAUCUUUUUCUACUUUAUACAAAAGUAGAUCUUUGCGGGGGAAAAAAGAAUUUGGGGUGUUCUGCAGGCUAGUGGACGUGGCACAGGAAAUCAUAGUAAACCUAAUCCGAUGGACAACACCACUAGAUGUAUACAUGUAUGUAAACAUCUUCCGUUCCAUAUUUUCCCUUUCACCUUUAGUUUAAAACAUGGUAUGUCCUGUAUAUAUGGGGUCUAGCCCAACAUGUCUCCACAGCAUGAUAUCUGAUGUAUGAUAUGAUAAAAUGCUGCACCAAAUGCAGUUUAAUAUUUUAUUUUUUUUAAUCAUAUGAACUAAAAUGUGUUAAUUGUAAGGUGUGCUUUUCUCAUCAUGUCGGUUAUAUUGCACAAUCGGUUAUAUUUAUGACCUGAUAUUCAAAGACUGGCAUUGAUAGCCAGUGCGUUUCUUAUUUAAUUCAGUUUACCACAUUCUACACAGUGUUUAUGUGAUCCACACUUGAAAUUCUAGAUCAGUAGUCAUUCACUAACAUACGAAAUAAAACGAAAGAUGGAGUUAUCCGUGAACUUUACACCGUCCAGCUCUCUGUUGAUUUUAAAGCAUCGUCAUCCAGGCCAGUUCAGGGAAGUCAGUCUGGGGGACCUGUGUUGUGUUAGGCUGUGGCAUCAGCACUAAGGAUUCCGGCCUUUAACCAAACCUACGAGGCCACUGAGUCUACCCUCAGCGAUUGGCAAAAUGUGGCAGCCCAUGUAAGCUGGGCCCUCAUCUGUUUCCAGUUUUCUGAUCUAUCUGGUCUCCCUGCAGGAAAUCACAGUGUUUGUGCUGUCCUUUUUCUGGGAUUCAGUGUAGUGGCAUCACUGCCUGUUUUUCAGAUUUUUCAUUUAAUGUUCAUUUUAAGGAAACCCACUAAAUCUAGUUACUCUUAAAAGAAUACCACUCAUUAAGAAAUUUCUUUAUAGCUUUUGCUGGAUACUUAAAUGCCUUACUACAGUUAGCAAGUUGACAUGUUUUUAGUUCACAUAAGGUAUACUGGGUAUAUUGAAGUAUAAUAUAUAUUGUAUUAGAAAGACUUGUUCUUACAUUUUAAAAUGUCAAUGCAAAAAACAUAAAUGGAACCUUUCUUUAAAGUUCAAAUACAGCAGUGUUAUUUAAGUCUGAAAGGUUAAAAAGCUUUCUUCAUCUUGCAUAUGUUCUUCCACUGUGACUUUUUAGCUGCAGACUGGUAAGGUUAAUUAACUUUUAGUUAGAAGAUGCCUACUGCUUUUAUUUUAAUCAACAGUGCACAGAGACACAUACAAACUUGGGAAAGUGACUUGGAUAAAAAUAUCAAUAUGUAUCUGCUUUUAGAUAUUUUAAGUUUUGCUUUUUUUAUGCCUUGAAUAUUUUAUUUUGGAAAGUCAGAAUCAGAAGCAAAUUCUCAAACUGAACUACUUCUUAGAUCUCACUAUAAGAAUGUUUUAUUCAGUGUCUCAUUAUGAUAGAUUUGCAAGCUGCUCAUUUUUGAACAGCUUUUUGCAUGGGAUAGGAGCAUGCCCAUUCUAACACAUCAGUUCAUUCAAAAGCAAGAACUUUAAAAAUAAGAUAAAUGUAAAGAUGUUUUAUAAAUGAUCCUGUUAAUUAAAUCACAGAUACCAUAUGUCGUUCCACACCUUCCAAUAAAAGUUUCUGGAGAACCAAA